AGAUCUAGACCAGUACUUUCCAAAUCCACCAUCCAGAAGCUCGAAGCAUGGUACACAGCACACGAAGAGCAUCCUUAUCCCAACAAUGAAGUAAUUGAAGAUUUAUCUAAUGCUUGUGGCAUCACCUAUAGUCAGGUUAGAAAAUGGUUUGCUAACAAGAGAAAUCGUUCAAAA